AUGGCAGAGCUGCCAGUGCCGGAGACGCCCAGGGACCCUGCUCUGUGCAGUGGGCGCUUCACCAUCAGCACGUUGCUGGGGGGCGAUGAACCCCCCCCAUCAACCGCCUAUGACAGCAGCCACCCCAGCCACCUGACCCAUGGCAGCACCUUCUACAUGCGCACCUUUGGCUACAACACUAUUGAUGUGGUGCCCGCCUAUGAGCACUAUGCCAACAGCACCCUGCCCGGCGAGCCCCGAAAGGUCCGGCCCACGCUGGCUGACCUGCACUCCUUCCUCAAGCAGGAAGGCAGCCACCUGCAUGCCCUGGCCUUUGAUAGCCGGCCCAGCCAUGAGAUGACGGAUGGGCUGGUGGAGGACGAGGCAGGUACCAAUGGUGAGAAGAACCCUGAGGAGCCCGUGCGCUUCGGCUGGGUCAAGGGGGUGAUGAUCCGUUGUAUGCUCAAUAUCUGGGGUGUGAUCCUCUAUCUGCGGCUCCCCUGGAUUACCGGCCAGGCGGGCAUUGUCCUGACCUGGAUCAUCAUCCUGCUGUCAGUCACGGUGACCUCCAUCACGGGCCUCUCCAUCUCCGCCAUCUCCACCAACGGCAAGGUCAAGUCAGGUGGCACCUACUUCCUCAUCUCCCGGAGUCUUGGCCCAGAGCUAGGGGGCUCCAUCGGCCUCAUUUUUGCCUUUGCCAACGCUGUGGGUGUGGCCAUGCACACCGUGGGCUUCGCAGAGACCGUGCGGGACUUGCUCCAGGAGUACAACGCGCCCAUCGUGGACCCCACCAAUGACAUCCGCAUCAUCGGUGUGGUCACCGUCACCGUGCUGCUGGCCAUCUCCCUGGCUGGCAUGGAGUGGGAGUCCAAGGCCCAGGUGCUCUUCUUCCUCGUCAUCAUGGUCUCUUUUGCCAACUACCUGGUAGGGACAUUGAUCCCCCCAUCUGAGGACAAAGCCUCCAAAGGCUUCUUCAGCUACCGGGCGGACAUUUUUGUCCAGAACUUGGUACCUGACUGGCGGGGCAUAGACGGCAGCUUCUUUGGGAUGUUUUCCAUCUUCUUCCCCUCGGCCACGGGCAUCCUGGCAGGAGCCAACAUCUCCGGGGACCUCAAGGACCCUGCUGUAGCCAUCCCCAAGGGAACGCUCAUGGCCAUUUUCUGGACCACCAUCUCCUACCUGGCCAUCUCAGCCACCAUCGGCUCCUGUGUGGUUCGAGAUGCCUCUGGGGUCCUGAAUGACACGGUGACCCCCGGCUCAGGCGCCUGCGACGGGCUGGCCUGUGGCUACGGCUGGAACUUUACGGAGUGCUCCCUGCAGCACAGCUGCCGCUACGGCCUCAUCAACCACUAUCAGACCAUGAGCAUGGUGUCGGGCUUCGCGCCCCUGAUCACAGCCGGCAUCUUCGGGGCCACCCUCUCCUCAGCCCUGGCCUGUCUUGUCUCUGCAGCCAAAGUCUUCCAGUGCCUGUGCCUGGACCAGCUGUACCCGCUCAUCGGCUUCUUCGGCAAAGGCUAUGGCAAGAACAAUGAGCCGGUGCGUGGCUACCUGCUGGCCUACGCCAUCGCUGUGGCCUUCAUCAUCAUCGCUGAGCUCAACACCAUUGCCCCCAUCAUCUCCAACUUCUUCCUGUGCUCCUACGCCCUCAUCAACUUCAGCUGCUUCCACGCUUCCAUCACCAACUCGCCUGGGUGGAGACCCUCGUUCCGAUACUACAGCAAGUGGGCGGCGCUCUUUGGGGCGAUCAUCUCCGUGGUCAUCAUGUUCCUUCUCACCUGGUGGGCGGCCCUCAUUGCCAUUGGCGUGGUCCUCUUCCUCCUGCUCUAUGUGAUCUACAAGAAGCCAGAGGUGAACUGGGGCUCCUCGGUACAGGCCGGCUCCUACAACCUGGCCCUGAGCUACUUGGUGGGUCUCAACGAGGUGGAGGACCACAUCAAGAACUACCGCCCCCAGUGCCUGGUGCUCACGGGGCCCCCCAGCUUCCGCCCGGCCCUGGUGGACUUUGUGGGCACCUUCACGCGGAGCCUCAGCCUGAUGAUCUGUGGCCAUGUGCUCAUCGGACCCCGCAAACAGAGGAUGCCUGAGCUCCGGCUCAUCACCAGUGGGCACACCAAGUGGCUGAACAAGAGGAAGGUCAAGGCCUUCUACGCCGACGUCAUUGCCGAGGACCUCCGCAGUGGCGUCCAGGUUCUCAUGCAGGCUACAGGUCUCGGGAGGAUGAAGCCCAACAUUCUGGUGGUCGGGUUCAAGAAGAACUGGCAGUCAGCUCACCCGGCCACAGUGGAAGACUACAUCGGCAUCCUGCACGAUGCUUUUGAUUUCAACUAUGGUGUGUGUGUCAUGAGGAUGCGCGAGGGGCUCAACAUCUCAAAGGUGAUGCAGACGCACAUUAACCCUGUGUUUGACCCAGCGGAGGACAGCAAGGAAGCCAGCGCCGGUGGAGCCAGGCUGUCUGUCUCCGGCACAUUGGACCCUGAGGCCCUGGUGCGGGAGGAGCAGGCCAGUACCAUCUUCCAGUCCGAGCAGGGCAAGAAGACCAUCGACAUCUACUGGCUAUUCGACGAUGGAGGCCUCACCCUCCUCAUCCCCUAUCUCCUUGGCCGCAAGAAGAGAUGGAGUAAAUGCAGGAUCCGCGUGUUCGUAGGGGGCCAGAUCAACAGGAUGGACCAGGAGAGGAAGGCGAUCAUUUCUUUGCUGAGCAAGUUCCGACUGGGAUUCCACGAAGUCCACGUCCUUCCCGACAUCAACCAGAAGCCGAGGGCUGAGCACACCAAGCGAUUUGAGGACAUGAUUGCACCUUUCCGCCUGAAUGAUGGCUUCAAGGACGAGGCCACAGUCACCGAGAUGAGGCGGGACUGCCCCUGGAAGAUCUCGGAUGAGGAGAUUAACAAGAACAGAGUCAAGUCCCUUCGGCAGGUGAGGCUGAAUGAGAUUCUGCUGGAUUACUCCCGAGAUGCCGCCCUGGUUGUCAUCACCUUGCCCAUAGGGAGGAAGGGGAAGUGCCCGAGCUCGCUCUACAUGGCCUGGCUGGAGACGCUGUCCCAGGACCUCAGACCUCCGGUCAUCCUGAUCCGAGGAAACCAGGAAAAUGUGCUCACCUUUUACUGCCAGUAACUCCGGGCUUGGCUGCGCCUGCCCAAAGCCAGGGUGCAGGGGAGGCCCACCUGUCCAUGGGGGCGGGACGCACUCCUGUCACACUUUAAGUGGUAGCAUUUGAUGAUCCGACGGAAGAAACUGAUAGAUUUCCAAACUUCGACUGGAUCCCACUCCCAUCGGACGCGUCCUCUGGGCUUUGUUUUUAUGGGCUGGAGAGGUAGCAGACGGAGUUGUCCGGAAAACUCUCUGGUGGAUCCAUAUUCCUUUUAAGUUUUCUUUUGCUCUUGAUCACAACAAAUGAAGAUUUCAGUCUUUGAUUUGUGUGCAAAUUUGAGUCAGAGUGCUGAGUGUGAAUCUUGGCAGUUUCUACAGAGCUUUCCUGGGAGCACCCCCUAAACACACCUCCCCCCUCCAAUGUCAGGAGCGUGGGGACCCCACCUGCAGCCCUUACAGGGGGAGUGCAAGGCUCGUUGAGCCUCCGUAACAAUGAAAAUUUAUUUAACCACCUCUCCCUUCCUUCACUUUCAAUAAUGUCUUCAGUGUUUUGGUUGGUUCUUUGGUAAACUGGGACUUUCAAACUUUUUCGGACUGCAACCCACAGUAAGAAAUCUAUUUUACGUUGAGACUAGGAACAAACACAGUGAAACUAAAGCGUCACAAAACAAUCCUUAUUCUCACUUCAGGUGAUGCACUCUGGUGUUUUCUAUUCUGAUCCCUUUUCUCCUUUUAAUGUUGGUUGCAAUCCACUAAAAUGAGUUUGGGACCCACUAAUGGGUGCAGACUCAUGAUUUGAAGACCACAACUUAGACUUUCCUCUGUGCCCUGUGCUUUUCUACACAACAGGGAGCUCAUCUAGUUUGGAGAAAGGCCAUGGUGGGCAUCACUGCCAUUUCCCCAGCUCAUCCCACAGGGAAGGAAAGAGAACCAACAAAACACCAGGAGGAAGGGUAUGGAGGGUGGGCAUGUCAGGAAAGAGCUUCAAAGGAGGGGCGCGGUUUAGGGAGUCUCAUGGAAGAGUGUUGUAUUUCAGGUUUGGCUGGGGAUGGAGAAUGGAGGUUUGGUUAGGGAUGCAGGUUUGGUGGGUCAAGAAGCAGAGAGGUGGGUGUACAGAUGGCAAGAUUGGGCAAAGAAUCAGAAACAUCCAAACCUGGCCCGAGGCUGGGUGAAAGGACAGUGGGGAGGAACCACCAAUAAGAGACGGAAACUGAGCAAGUAGCAGAGGGGGCUGUGGUGGGGGGAAUGUAAGAUGGGGGUCAGAGAUGAGGGAGAACCUGCGGGAGACGAACCUUGCUCAGGUAAGGGUAUUCAGGUUACUAUGGAUGGAACCCUCCCCCAACCCAGAGUGUUUGCACCACCACUUGGGAUGCAGGAGCAGAAUGUACAUUAAGAGAUGUCCAAGGUGGGUGGGUAAGGCUCUCUGAAAGGGCAUUUCAGCUCAGACAUACCCAAGCAGUAUAAAGGCAAGUUGUUGGGGGAUUCCACUGGCUGAGCCUUCUUCCAAUAGCACUGGGGUGGCCAAGGAAUGAGGCACCUUUGGGUCUGGUUGGCCCCCUCCAAGCACACUGGAGCACCCACUCAGUCACGAAGGCAAAAGUGUCUUUCUUGGGAUUGGGACUCAAAGGACUUCAGUGUUUGUCCCACUGCAGAGACCAAGGUUCUGGGCUCUUGGUCAAGAGCCCAGACCAAGCCCCACUGUCCUAUUACUGCAUCAGGCUUUUGCUGAGAGAGACAGAACACCUGGCUGAGCUCCUGAAGGACAGAGCAGGGCUGCUUCUGAGCCGUUCAGUGGACCUGG